AUGCUGCCGGUAUACGUGGGGCAUGAAAGCGUACAUAGUAGGCAUCCCAGAGGAGCCGUGGGAUCGGCAGACCCCCAGCAAGGCUUACAGUAUGGUUACUCGGCGCCUCAUGGCAAGCUUACGCUCUCACAACGACGCUGGAUCAGUAGCGCUGUCAGGGUUAGCCUCGUCCUGCUGCUCUUGGCACCCGGAUGGUACUUCUUCCGCUUCCGUGAAAGCCCUCAGAGCGCGGCGCUUAAACGCAAUAGGAAGCUCUUGGAGUCAGAAGCCAAAUCAUUUCUCCCAGCAUCCGCGUUGAAGAAUCUGGUGCUUGUCGCCGGGCAUGCGGUCUACACGGGCGUUGACUACUCCGAAGCUAGCAAGGAGUCGUCGUGGUUCCUCGAAGAAUACCAAAAAGUCAAGGGUGAGGCGCAGUCCUUCCUGGACCACAUCCAGCUGGGUAUCGAGGAGGCCGCUUUGGACCCGGACGCGCUGCUGCUGUUCAGCGGGGGGCAGACCCGGAGAGCGGCGGGACCUCGCAGCGAGGGGCUGAGCUACUGGGUGGUGGCGGAAGCGGCGAACUGGUUCGGACGUACCGAGGUGCGCAACCGAACCUUCACGGAGGAGCACGCCAGGGACAGCUUCGAGAACCUUCUUUUCAGCUUAUGCAGGUUUUAUGAGCUCACCGGGCAUUAUCCCGAACUCAUUACCGUGGUGUCGUACACGUUGAAGGAGGCGCGGUUCCGUACACUACACCGGCAGGCCGUACAGUGGCCUGCGGAGUACUUUCGGUUCGUGGGGACGCCGGUGCCGCCGGAUGCUGUGGGCGCCCAGGAGGGCGAGGCUCGCACCGUACGCGCCUUUGCGGCUGACCCGUACGGUUGCGGGGGCGACCUGCUGGCUAAGAAGCUGCGUCGGGACCCCUUCGCGGUGGGGCCCAUUCACCCGAGUCGAUGCCCGGAGCUGCGCGCCCUGCUGUCGUACUGCGGACCGGACAUGUUCCCGGGCCGGCUGCCCUGGGGCGCCAAGGAUUGA